AUGUCAAACACCUUCAACAUAGACUCGUUACCUACAAUCCCGUCGUCAUGGACCGCCCCGACGUCUUGCUUCGCCAGUACACUUUAUUACCGAGUGCUCCUCAGCGGUGGCUACUUCAGCAAUUUGUACGGGACGCCCACGCCUGUAUUGACUGGCAAUGUGCCUACAGGCGACUGUUUCCCCCCAUCCUUCACCAUCAACACUCCCUACCAAACGGAUGGUGACUGUCCCUCCGGGUACACCCGUGCUUGUGCCACCGCCGGCCCAGAUAGGUCGGGGAAGCCAGUUAGCACGGUGACGUGCUGUCCUAGUGUUACUGGCAACGCCUUUUCGUUCAUGUGCAAGGACCAUGAGUAUGGCUGCCACGGAACAGGUACUGUCGGCGCUGUGUGGACAGGUGUGAUCACUGACAUUGGAAUACCGACCCCUACGGAAGAGCCAGUGACACGUACACCAUUCACAGUCGAGGGUAUCGAAGCUUGGGGGAUCAAGUUUAUCUCGGUGGCACCAACGACUGUGCCAACCUCCACCGCAACCUCAAGUCUAUCCUUGCCGACGACAACUGCGCCUGCGACAACUGCGCCUGCGACAACCCAAGCUUCGCCCACAGGAAGCCUUCAGAACGACAGCAAUAACUCAUCGGCGGGCCUUUCUACCGGCGCCAUUGUAGGUAUUGCUAUCGGUGCUGCAGCCGGCAAUGGAAUCCUCGCCCUCGUCGUAUACCUCCUUGUCCGCAAUAAGCGCAGGAGACAGAAUAACGGCAACAAUUAUGCCUCGACGACCAACAACCAAAAGCAUUUUUCGUCAAACGAACCUAACGAUCGAUACAACUAUCCUGUGGGCGUCAAUGACGGCAGAAUUCACGAAGCUCCUUUGGGGCCGGGCCAGAGGCAGACAUGGGAGCUGCAGGGUUAG